AUGGGGACGUCCCACAAGAAGUCAAAAGCCGCUAGUAACUUGCAGCUAGAACCAGCGGAAAACCAGCAUCGUGUGACUGACUCUGCAGCCGCUAGUAGCCUAACACUCGUUCUAAUCUCUGUCGACAGAAAGUCUCGUUCUAACAACAAUUUAGCAAGGCCAAUACCUUAUUCCUUGAAACAAAAGGUAGAAACAGAACUAGAGCGCUUAGAAACUGCAGGAAUAAUAACAAAGACGGACAAUUCUGAAUGGGGAACACCCAUAGUACCAGUAAUGAAACCCAAUGGUGAAAUUAGAAUAUGUGCCGAUUAUAAGGUUACGGUGAACAGACAAAUUCAAGACGAACACUAUCCGAUACCGAGAAUUGAAGAUAUCUUCGCAAAUAUGAGCGGUGGCAAAAUUUUCUGUACUCUGGACUUAAAGAAGGCUUACUUACACCUACAAAUGGAUGAAGCAAGUGCUGACAUCCAAACCUUAAGUACACAUAAGGGACAGUUCAGAGUUAAUCGACUCAUGUUUGGCGUUAAAGUAGCUCCUGGAAUUUGGCAAAGAAUCAUGGACAAGGUCUUAUCAGGUAUAGAAGGCACUCAAUGCUUCUUCGAUGAAAUAAUUAUCCAAGGAAAAUCAGAAGAAGAGUUGCUCACUCGGUUGGAAAUGGUACUUCAAAGAAUAAAAAUGAACGGACUAAGGUUGAACAGAGAUAAAUGCAAGUUUCUACACAAACAAAUUGAGUACUUAGGUCACACUAUAGAUGCUCAUGGAAUCCACAAAUCAGAAGAUAAAGUUAAGGCUAUCAGACAAGCAAGAAGACCCCGGAAUGUAGUAGACGCAUUCAGCAAGUGGGUUGAAGUCAUACCUACGAAGAGUAUUACAUCUUCAUGGACAAUCAGAGAGCUGCGUAAAAUAUUCACCACCUUUGGACUACCCAGUGUUAUAGUCUCUGAUAAUGGUCGUCAGUUCACCUCUUCUGAAUUUAGUAACUUUUUGAAGAAAUGUGGAACUUUGCACAAAAUGACAGCUCCUUACCAUCCUUCUUCGAACGGCCAAGUCGAACGCUUCGUACAAACGAUAAAGAAACUUAUCAACUGCAUGUCAGACGAACCUGGUACACUGGAAGAAAAGCUUCACCAACUGCUGAUGAAACUACGUCAAGCUCCGAAUUCAACUGCUACUAGAAAAACGUCCUCAAAAAUCAAAAUUUCCUUUGUGGAAAAAUCAACCAAGAUUUUGAAGCCUGGUCUCCAUCACCAGUUGAUGGAGACGGCUGGAGCGGAGUCAAGCGGAGCGAUUGAAAAUUGCAAGAGGGUGAGACUGGGAGACACUUGCUAUGGAGUUUUUGUGACCACCAGCUAUUGA